AUGACAAAAAACAUCACUUUGGAAUUGUGUCUCAAUGAGGUGAAAAAAUGUCAGUUCUUCAUCGGAAUAUUGGGUGAAAGGUACGGAAGUUGUCAGUUUGAUUACGGAAGUCUUGAAAGCACGAAAGACACUGAAUGGAUUUCCAAACACCCACCUGGUGCCUCGCUCACGGAGCUUGAAUUCCACCAAUGUUUUCAGUCACUUCCUCAAAAGGAUAAAGCUUUUUUCUAUUUUCGCGACCCUUCCUUUAUUCAAACGGUUCCGGAAAAACAUCAUCAUUUAUUAAUUGACGAGAAUGCAGGAAAAUUAAAAAAGUUAAAGAAGCUUGUUUCUAGUUCUGGAUACGAAGUUUAUGACAAUUACCCCUGUUCAUGGGGAGGUGUCAAAGAUGGCCGACCAAUCGUCACCAACCUCGAAGCGUUCGGAAACAGAGUUAUCGACAAUUUAUGGAAUGCCAUCUUGAAGACCUACCCGGAAAAUUUAAGACACGCUGAAAUGCAAAUGUUGACAAAGGAGGAGGACUCAAAAGAGAAAAUGUUAACAAAUGAUUCGUACACGGAAUAUAUGAAAAACAAAUUUGUUGGCAGGAAGAAGUUAUUGAACAAAGCUCUUGAUAUAGCUACCACAAAGAAAAACGGCAUCGUACUAAUUACCGGCAAAGCAGGGUCUGGCAAAUCAUUGCUCAUCGCAUCACUCAUUCACAAAUUAUUUGAGUUGAAAUCUAAUAAUGGCAACCAUCGGGUGUUUGUGCACUGCGUUGGAGCUUAUCCAGCCUCAAACGAUAUUAUUAAUAUCCUCAAAUAUUUCAUUGUGGAAAUUGGCAACAGCUAUAAAUUACCUACGGUUUUUGUGCCUGAUAAAUACAACACGUACUCUGAGUGUCAUGAAAUGUUGAAGAAUAGACCAGGUUUGUCAGAAGUGUUGGAGGUGGGUGACUUAGAAGGAACAGACAAAGCUGACAUUGUGAGAGCAUCUCUUUUAAAUUAUGGAAAACGUUUGGACGAAUCGGCUUUCAACAUGCAGAUGAAGCUGCUAAUGAUGAAAAAAGAAUCAAAGUCGCCAUUAUAUUUGGAACUUGUUUGCGAUGAGAUGAAAAAAUGUGGAGAUUAUCAACUGAUAUCUAGCAAGUUAUCCUCUCUGUCUUCGACAACUUCUACACUCUUGCAAGAUAUUUUGAAGGGUGCCGAGAUGGAAUAUGGAGAAAUGUUUGUCAAGUCUGCCUUAUCAUUAUUGGUAUUGUCUAAAAAAGGUUGUUGUACCUGCUGA